AUGUCGAAAAUUACGGUUGCCAACGUUCGCACUCAGGUCGCUGAGCUCCUCGAGUACUCCCUCGAGACCAAGAAGCGCAACUUCCUUGAGUCUGUCGAGCUCCAGAUCGGCCUCAAGAACUAUGACCCCCAGCGUGACAAGCGUUUCUCCGGCACCGUCCGCCUGCCCGUCGUCCCCCGUCCCAACAUGAGCAUCUGCAUUCUUGGUGACCAGCACGAUAUCGACCGUGCCAAGCACGGCGGUGUCGACGCCAUGUCCGCCGACGACUUGAAGAAGCUCAACAAGAACAAGAAGCUCAUCAAGAAGCUCGCUCGCAAGUACGACGCCUUCGUCGCUUCCGAGACCUUGAUCAAGCAGAUCCCCCGUCUUUUGGGUCCUGGUCUGUCCAAGGCCGGCAAGUUCCCCACCCCCGUCUCCCACGCCGACGAUCUCUCUGGCAAGAUCACCGAGGUCAAGUCCACCAUCAAGUUCCAGCUGAAGAAGGUUCUCUGCAUGGGUGUCGCCGUCGGCAACGUCGGCAUGACCCAGGAGCAGCUGAUUGCCAACAUCAUGUUGGCCAUCAACUACCUCGUCUCCCUGCUGAAGAAGGGCUGGCAGAACGUCGGUAGCCUUACCAUCAAGGCUACCAUGUCUCCCCCGAAGCGCCUCUACUAA